AUGGCGUCAUUGGGCGCGUUAGGAGCCCAGUCCCUAACGAUAAAUGUCACAAAGUUCCUGAACUCCAAGCCUGACGAACCAUCUAGGUUUCUCUAUGCAGCGUGCUCAACCCCGUUGAAGCGUAACCUUUGGCUUCCUGCAUUCGAUUUCUUAAAUGAAGAAGACGACUAUAUCGCCAUGUAUGACAUCUCCUCCUCCACAGUCUCACGUCUCAGCCUGCUGUUCGUCUAUGCCAUCAACCAUCGACCACCUAUCGACGAUGAUCCCGCCAAGGUUGGACCAGACUCUGUGAUUGAGAUCUUUACGACGACGGUCGGAGGGGACAUCCUGAGUCACCUUGCGACAGUGCGGCAUCCAGUUCUCGAGACACCGAACGAUGUACUACCGGCCUUCCCGAUGGUCAGAGCUUCUACUUUACCAAUGCACAUGGAUGUAAGACUGGACUUGCUCGCAAACUAG